AUGUCCCCCACACUGGUAGCCCAUUCGGACAUUCAUUCCUUGAAGAGGAACGAAGCACUAGAGAUUCUCGCCCAGAUUUCACGCGUCGAGAAAAAGACAUUUCCAACCAAUGAGGCAUUCGCAUUCGGGGAGGAACUAUGGAGGAAAAAGCCCAACACCCGAGUUCUAUAUUCGACCCGCGUCAACGAGGAUACCACAGGAACCGAUCUCGUGGCCUAUGCAGUGUACGUGCGCCAAAAGGGCGUCGCCCUCUUGCACAAGGUCUGCGUGAUCGAGACUUAUCGCCGCCAAGGUGUCGGUCAACAGCUCAUGUCCUACAUUCAAGAGCGCCUGCGAAAGGAGGGCUGCCAGUAUAUCCAGCUAUGGGUUGACCAGGCCAGGGAGCCAGCGCGGGCCCUGUAUCGCAGAUGUGGAUUCGAGGAGCGUGAAGUGAUCCCUGAUUACUAUGCCCCUGGACGAACGGGCAUCAGAAUGGUCCUUGAUUUAGAACGUGCCGGGUGA